UGACUUUAUGGUUGAGUGGGUUGUCGUAUUGACUAGCCAAGUAAAAAAUAUUUACAUCGUCAAAGUUCAACCAAAACUGUGUCUCCAUAUCCCAGGAUUUAGUGUACCCAGUCCAGGGAAGUAGUGGGUAGCGGGUGUUAUUUGUAUAUGAGCAAGAGCAACGCAAUGAGGAAUAAUUGGAGAGAUUGCAAGGCCUGGAAAGACUUUGGGGUUGAGCUGUCCACCACGAACAAUGAGGCGGCCAAAUUAUUCGAUGCUGUUUUGACACAGUACGUGGGAUGGUACGAUGAUGACAGUCUGGGAGGACUCGAAAAGUCCCUGGAAAAAAUGAUUGGCAACGAUCCAAACUUUGUGAUGGGCCAUGUGGUCAAGAACGGUUUGGAUGCACUCGGAACAGGUCGGAGUUACUAUUUAGACAAAGACUUCCAGGCGGAGGUUCAGACCAUGAUGGAUCUUGGGAAAAGUCCUAGCACCCUCCCACGUGAGAAAAAGCACAUCAAUGCUGUCAAACUGUGGGCUCAAGGAGAAAUGACGGAGGCGUGCCUGGUUUGGGAGUCAAUACUGGAGGAGAACCCCCUGGACAUGCUGGCCCUCAAGUUCGCCCACGACUCAUACUUCUACCAGGCCCACCACCCUCAGAUGAGGGACAGCAUCGCUAGGGUGUUCCCCAAGUGGGAGAGCUCCAUGCCACUUUACAGUUAUUUAUAUGGCAUGCACUCAUUUGGUUUGGAGGAAUGCAACCACUACGCAGAAGCAGAAAAAGUUGCUAGAAAGGGCUUGGAAUUGAAUCGUAAUGACUGCUGGUCCACUCAUUCAAUGGCCCACGUGUUGGAGAUGACAGGGAGAUCAUCUGAGGGAAUCCAGUUCAUGUCCUCGACGGAAAACGACUGGAAUGUUUGUGCGAUGUUGGCUUGUCAUAACUACUGGCAUUAUGGAGUUUACAACAUUGAGAGGGGAUUGUACGACGAGGCAGUGGGUUUAUUUGACACACAGAUCGGACCAAGAGCAGCCAAAAGUGGAGCCAUGCUGGAUAUGGUAGAUGCAUGCUCUCUUUUGUAUCGGCUCAACCUGGAAGGAAUCAAAGUGAAAGAUAAGUGGAGAGAAUUUAACGAAGUUUGCAAAGACCAUGUUGAUGAUCAUAUCUUGGCUUUCAACGAUGCCCACUUUCUGAUGGCGAGUCUGGGGGCCGGGGACAAAUCAGCAACAGAUAAACUGUUGACAUCACUGAAAGAAUUUGCAAAAGGAACUGGAAAGGGAGACAAUCAGAAAAUCAGCAAAGAAGUGGGCGUGCCGCUAUGUGAAGCUCUCGUAGCAUACGAUGCCGGGGACUUUGCCAAGGCUGUCUCUCUUGUACAGCCUAUUAGAUACAAAAUCAUUACCAUCGGAGGUAGUCAUGCCCAGAGAGACGUGUUUAAUCAGUUCUUGAUUCAUGCUGCUCUACAAUCUCCUCAAAAAGACCACAACAGAUUAGCAAGAAUUCUGCUGACGGAAAAAAAAGCUUUGAAAUCAAACUCACCUCUGACAGACAGGCUGAUUUCAAGAGCCAUGGCUGUACAUGCUGACGGUUAAUUCAAUCACAUGAUGUAUCAUGUGAUGUGUGCACUUAAUUGCUAUGCAAAUUAAUGUAUACUUUUUUGUUGUACAUGUACAAGAGUACAAAAAUCAGUGUCUUCAUCAAAAUUUAAUACAUGAUAGCAAUAUAUUAUAAUGAAAUUUGUUAUUUCAACAUAUAAGCAAGUUUAUUAUAUUUUGAUUUGAGUAUGGCAAAUAUGUAAUUGUUAAUCAUUUGAUGCAUUUUAAAGUGGCAUGUUCACAAUUUUGGUCCAAUUUUAUAACUAUUUUUGGGAGUUGAAUUUAGUUGAUUUUAAUCAACUCUCAUACGCAUUUACUCUGGCAAAGCAGAAGUAAAAAAGUGUUUGGACUUAAGCACAAGUCAUCGUAGUACUUGAAAAUAAUCAAUAAAUUCAAUGUUUUGUAUUCAAAA